AUGGCGCGCAAAGUUGUAGACUCGCGCAUCCAGGCGCUCAUCAAGAAUGGAGUGCAGGAGAAGAAGAGAAGCUUCUUCGUAGUGGUCGGAGACAAGUCCAAGGACAUUAUCGUGAACCUACAUUAUAUCAUGGCCCAGGCGUCGCAGGCCACGCCGAACCAGAACAAUUCGGUCCUGUGGGCGUACAAGCACAAGCUUCUUGGCUUCACCAGUCACCGAAAGAAGCGCGAGACAAAGAUCAAGAAGGAGAUCAAGCGAGGUAUCCGCGAGGCGAACCAGGAGGACCCCUUCGAGCUGUUUGUGUCGCUGCACAACAUCCGAUACACCUACUACAAGGAGACGGACAAGAUUCUGGGUCAGACCUUUGGCAUGUGCAUUCUGCAGGACUUUGAGGCCAUCACACCCAAUACCCUUGCGCGAACGAUCGAGACUGUCGAGGGCGGUGGUAUGGUUAUUCUGCUGCUCAAGGGAAUGAACAGCUUGAAGCAGCUCUACAACUUGUCCAUGGACGUCCACUCGCGGUACAGGACCGAGGCGCACGACGACGUGGUUGCGCGAUUCAACGAGCGCUUCAUCCUUUCGCUGGGCGGCUGCAACUCGUGUCUGGUCAUCGACGAUGAGAUGAACGUGCUUCCCAUUUCCGGUGGCAAGGGUGUGAAGGCUCUUCCUCCUGCUGACCUAGACCAGCCCAAGUCUGAGUCGCAGGCUGAGCUCGAGGCCGUGAAGGAGCAGAAUGAGGACCGACAGCCUGUGGGAUCUCUCAUCUCCCUUGCCAGGACCCUGGACCAGGCUAAGGCCCUCAUCACUUUCACAGAUGCGAUCGCCGAGAAGACGCUGCGAAGCACCGUUGCCCUGACUGCAGCUCGAGGUCGAGGAAAGUCUGCUGCUCUUGGUGUUGCUGUCGCGGCCGCUGUCGCGUACGGAUAUAGCAACAUCUUCAUUACCUCUCCCUCGCCCGAGAACUUGAAGACCCUCUUCGAGUUUGUUUUCAAGGGUUUCGAUGCCUUGGGAUACGCUGACCACGCCGACUACUCCAUCAUCCAGAGCACCAACCCCGAUUUCAACAAGGCUAUUGUUCGAGUCAACAUCCACCGACAACACCGACAGACGAUCCAGUACAUCCGACCUCAGGACGCCCACGUGCUAGGACAGGCUGAGCUUGUGGUUAUUGAUGAGGCUGCCGCUAUUCCUCUGCCGCUUGUGCGAAAGCUGAUGGGCCCUUACCUGGUGUUUAUGGCGUCCACCAUCAACGGUUACGAAGGAACUGGUCGAUCUCUGUCUCUGAAGCUGAUCAAGCAGCUCAGGGAACAGUCGCGCUCUGCCUCCUCGACCGGCGAGGGUACUGAGCUUGCGGAUCGCUCAACUGGCAGGGCCUCAAAGGAGGAGUUCCAGGCUGGCCGAAAGUUGCGAGAGAUCACCCUCUCCGAGCCCAUUCGAUACGCCCAAGGAGAUGCCGUCGAGAAGUGGCUCAACACCCUGCUCUGCCUCGAUGCCACCCUGCCCAAGGCAAAGUCCAACAUCAACGGCUGCCCCGAUCCCACACAAUGUCAGCUCCUGAACGUCAACCGAGAUACCCUGUUUUCUUUCCACCCCGUAUCAGAGAAGUUCUUGCAGCAGAUGGUUGCUCUGUACGUUGCAAGCCACUACAAAAACUCUCCAGAUGACCUGCAGCUCAUGAGUGAUGCACCCGCCCAUGAGUUGUUCGUUCUUGUUCCCCCUGUCUCCGAGGAUAGCACAAGAUUGCCAGAGCCGCUUUGCGUGAUUCAAGUGUCACUGGAAGGAAAGAUUAGCAGACAGAGUGUUCUCAACAGUCUAAGCCGAGGACAACGGCCAAACGGUGAUCUCAUCCCCUGGUUGGUCAGCCAGCAGUUCCAAGACGAGGACUUUGCUUCUCUGUCUGGUGCUCGAGUUGUUCGCAUUGCCACGAACCCCGAGUAUGUCUCUAUGGGAUACGGUACCAAGGCGCUGGAGCUCCUUACCGAUUAUUAUGAAGGCCGGUUCGCCAACCUGUCCGAGGAUGAGGACCAGGCCAUGGAGGAUGCCAUGACUCGAGUUACCGAUGCGGAUCUGGCCAAUGCAUCUCUGCUUGACGACGAUAUCAAAGUGAGGGAUAUUAACAAGAUGCCUCCUCUGUUCUCCAAGCUCGCGGAGAAGAAGCCCGAGAGGCUUGACUACAUCGGUGUCAGCUACGGCUUGACACCUCCUCUGCACAAGUUUUGGAAGCGGGCAUCUUUCUCUCCCGUGUACCUCCGCCAGACCGCCAACGACCUUACUGGAGAGCACACUUGCGUUAUGCUGCGACCGCUUGAGAACAGUGAUGACCGCAGCUGGCUCGGUGCCUUCUCCCGGGAUUUCCACAAGCGAUUCCUGUCUCUGCUCUCAUACCAGUUCGGCUCAUUCCCUGCCAUCAGUGCUCUCAGCAUUGACGAGUCUGCCAAUGCUGGUGCCAAGCUGGACUCGACAGAGAUCCAGCCUCUUACCAAGGUGGAGCUCGACAGGUUCUUGAGUCCUUUCGAUCUGAAGCGACUCGAGUCGUACGCCAACAACAUGCUCGACUACCACGUUGUGCUUGAUCUGAUCCCGACCAUCGCCAACCUCUACUUUACCGGCCGCCUCAAGUCUGAUAUCAAGUUGACGGGCGUUCAGCAGUGCAUUCUGCUCGCUAUUGGUCUGCAGCACAAGGACGUCGAUGUCGUGUCUCAAGAGCUCUCCCUGCCUUCGUCUCAGCUCCUUGCAAUGUUCAUCAAGAUCCUGCGCAAGGUGACGGCACACUUUGCAACCCUUGUCUCGGAGGCCGUUGAUGCCGAGCUCCCCAAGGCCGAGCGCCUUGGUGUGACUCGUGAGAAUGCCAGCGGAGCUCACGACGACGAGAUUGUUGAUGACCGAUUCGUGCCCUUGGCUACCACGCUCGACGAUGAGCUGGAGGAGGGUGGCGAUGAGGCGUUGAGAGAGCUCAAGAAGAAGCAAAGAGAGCUUAUUGACUCUUUGCCCCUUGACCAAUACGAGAUCGAUGGCGACGCUCCGGCGUGGGAAGAGGCGGAAAAGCAGGUUCGGAGCGCGACCAAGCAGGGCAAGUCGAAUCCCGUGGUCAGCGUCAAGGCGGCCAAGCAGAAGCGCAAGGUUGGGCAGACGGCGAGCGAGGUGUAUGAGGAGGCAUUUGGUGAUAAGAGGAAAAAGGCCAAGAAGGCGAAAAAGUCUGCGUGA